AUGGAUGAUUUUAGUGUUUAUGGUGACUCAUUUGAUCGCUGCCUUCAUAAUCUCACUUUGGUACUCCAGCGGUGUAUUGAAACUAACCUUGUGCUUAAUUGGGAAAAAUGUCAUUUUAUGGUAAACCAAGGUAUAGUUUUGGGUCAUGUGAUUUCAGUCAAGGGAAUAGAGGUCGAUAAGGCAAAGAUUGAUUUAAUUCGUUCUCUACCAUCUCCGACUAGUGUGAAAGAAGUGAGAUCAUUCCUUGGGCAUGCUGGGUUCUAUCGGAGAUUUAUAAAGGAUUUCUCUAAAAUUUCCACACCAUUAUGCAACCUUCUCCAAAAAGAUGUAAAGUUCGAGUUUAAUGAAAAGUGUUUAGUGGCUUUCAACUUAUUAAAAGAGUCUCUGACUACAGCUUCUAUAAUUCAGCCACCGAAUUGGGAGCUACCAUUUGAACUCAUGUGUGAUGCAAGUGACUAUGCCGUGGGUGCUGUUCUUGGGCAGCGAGUUGACAAGCUCCCUCAUGUUAUAUAUUAUGCUUCUCGCACUCUUAAUGAUGCUCAACUGAAUUAUUCCACCAUUGAAAAAGAGCUCUUGGCGGUCAUUUUUGCCUUGGAAAAGUUUCGGUCAUACUUGAUUGGAACUAAAGUGAUUGUGUAUACCGACCAUGCUGCUCUUCGCUAUUUAUUGGCAAAGAAAGAAGCCAAGCCUCGGCUGAUCCAGUGGAUUCUACUUCUUCAAGAGUUCGAUUUGGAGAUAAAAGAUAAAAAGGGUUCUGAGAAUAGGGUGGCGGAUCACUUGAGUCGCCUUAUUCGAGAUGAAGAUAGUUUGCCCAUAGAAGAAAAAUUUCCGGAUGAGCAACUCCUCGCCAUGCAAGAAGUUAUUCCUUGGUGUGUACCUGAAUCUGAAUUUCGUUCCAUCCUUGCUUUUUGUCAUGCUUAUGCUUGUGGUGGACACUUUGGACCUAAGAGAACAGCUCGUAAGAUAUUUGACAACGAUUUCUAUUGGCCCACAAUUUUCAAAGAUUCUUAUGCUUACUGUAAGGGUAUGGAUUUCAUGGGACCGUUCCCAUCCUCUUUUGGCUAUGAGUAUAUUCUAUUGGCAGUAGACUACGUGUCUAAAUGGGUGGAAGCAAUUGCAACUAGAACGGAUAAUUCAAAAACAAUAGUGGAUUUCAUUCGCUCCAACAUUUUUGUGCAUUUUGCCAACGGGCAAGAGGAGGUUUCUAAUCGUGAAAUCAAAUUGAUUCUUGAGAAAAUAGUAAAUCCAAACCGGAAAGAUUGGAGUACAAGGCUUGAUGAUGCCUUGUGGGCGUAUCGUACGGCAUAUAAAACACCUAUCGGUAUGUCACCUUAUCGGUUGGUGUAUGGGAAGCCUUGCCAUCUACUGGUGGAGCUAGAGCAUAAGGCGUGGUGGGCUGUAAAGAAGUGUAACAUGGACAUGGUUGCUGUAGGACAACAAAGAAUGCUUCAAUUGCAUGAGUUAGAAGAAAUACGCAAUGAAGCAUAUGAGAGUUCGAGAAUCUACAAGGAGAAAACCAAAGCUUUUCAUGACAAACAUAUUCUUCGGAAGAGUUUUGUGGAAGGUCAAAAAGUUCUCAUGUAUCACUCUCGCCUUAAACUCUUUCCUGGGACGUUGAAGUCUCGCUGGUUAGGUCCGUUCAUUGUUACUAAGGUUUUUCCUCAUGGAGCGGUAGAAGUUGUAAGUCCAAGUACCGGAAAGUCAUUCAAGGUGAAUGGUCAGAGAUUAAAGCCAUAUUAUGAAUCAAUGGAGGAAGAACAAGCUGCGGUGAUUCACCUCAUUGACCCGAUAUAUGUUGAUGAAUGA